CAAAGUCAGGAGAUAUAUUAUACAAUAAAAAAAUAGCUAUGACAUUUCGUCGACCACACACCAAUCAGAAAUCUCGUGGACCAGCAUCUAAUAGGGAACUGGAAUUGGAGCAGGUAAAUCAAGCUUUAAGAGAUGAGUUAUCUAACAAAGUUUCAAUCAAUAAGUCAAAUGAGAAAUACAUAAAUGAGUUAGAGCGCAAAUAUAUCAGAUGUGUGAAAGAAAUCCAAUCUCUCAAUAAAGAACUGGAACAGCUCGAGAAUGCUUCGGAGGAAGAAAAGGCAGAGUUGAGAGCAGAAAUCUCCAGCCUUAAUAAACAGCUCUCAUAUAACAAAAAAGAAAUCUGA